AUGGCUACCCCCAGAGGCCGUCUCCAAGGCAAGAAUGCCAUCAUCACCGGUGCCGCAGGCGGCAUCGGCCUCGAAACAAGCAUCCUGUUCGCGCGCGAAGGCGCCAACGUCCUAAUGGCCGACAUCUCGCUCCCCGCGCUCGAAAAGGCCCUUGCAAAGGUAAAGGAGCUUGUGCCGGGCGCCCCGCGCGUCGAAACAACCAAGUGCGAUGUCUCGAAGGAGUCCGAUGUGCAGGCUAUGGUUGAGGCCCAGGACUCGUGGGGCGGCACAGACGUCAUCUUCAACAACGCGGGCAUCAUGCACGCGGACGAUGCGGACGCCGUCGAUACGCCCGAGAAGAUCUGGGACCUCACGCACAAUAUCAAUGUCAAGGGCGUGUGGUUUGGAUGCAAGCAUGCGGUGCUGAGUAUGCGGAAGCAUAAGAAGGAGAGGGGCAGUAUUAUUAACACGGCGAGUGUGGUUGCGUUGGUGGGGAGUGCGACGCCGCAGUUGGCGUAUACGGCGUCGAAGGGGGCGGUUCUUGCGCUGACGAGGGAGUUGGCGAUUGUGCAUGCUCGGGAGGGGAUCAGGUUUAAUGCGUUGUGUCCGGCGCCGCUGAACACGCCUCUUCUGCAGGACUGGCUUGGUGAUGACCAGGCUAAGCGCCACCGCCGCGAGGUGCACUUCCCCAUGGGACGGUUUGGAGAGGCCAUUGAGCAGGCUCAUGCGGUCGUCUUCCUGGCUAGUGACGAGAGCAGCUUUGUCAAUGGAUCGGACUUUGUUGUUGAUGGUGGCAUGACCAGGGCCUACGUUACCCCCGAGGGUCCCGCCCCUGCGGCCCCCCAGAACCAGGCCCGUUAA